AGUAGCAAUACUGAAUUAGCAAGUUCUAAAUGUUCCCAGAAUGUAUUUAGCUAUAAGCACUUGAAGGAAAGAAAAACUCAGGAGAGAUACUCUAUUACUAUUAGCCAUGUAAGUUAUUCUCACAUUCAUUGGUAAUGAGUUGGACAGGACUGAUAUACUCUGUGUCCUCACGUUCUGUUCAAAGAACAGCAGGUAGUUAUAAAAAAUGUUUUGGGAGGCAUUUCUGGUGCUGGCGUGGCUCCAAGAAGGCCAUUCAAGCCAGCACUCUUCCACCUGCUCCUUAGAGAAGGGAAGAUGAGUGAGUCGAGCUCGAAGCGCAGCCAGCCCUUGGCCUCCAGGCAGGAAAUGGACAGCACUGAGAAGUCGGGCAGGGGCAGGCCCCGCAAGCAGCCUCUGGUGAGUCCCAGGAUAGCACUGGUAGGAAGUCAGAAGGAGCCCAGUAAAGUGCCAACACCUAAGAGACCUUGGGACCAACCAAAGGGAAGCAAAAACAAGGGAGCUGCCAAGACACGGAAAACCACCACUACUCCAGGAAGGAAACCAAGCGGCAGACCCAAAAAACUGGAGAAGGAGGAAGAGGGGGGCAUCUCGCAGGAGUCCUCGCAGGAGAAGCAGUGACCGUGUGUGCUGCCUGUGCCUCAUUUGAAGGAGCAUCUUCCUUCUGGGACUGGACAGCUUUUGCUGUGCUCCCACCGCC